UCUUUCAGAACUAUUUCUGUGUCUCUUCUCCUUCAAUUUUCCAUGUCUGAUGAAGGUGGAGAUCUGUUCCACCAUGACCCAUUUCAUGAAGAUGACAGAUCAGCUUUCCAAUUCUCUCAAACUCAUUAUCCCCCCAUGUAUUAUAACCAGAGUGUUCAAGGGGUUGGAGAGACUUCAUCACUAGAUCUGCAUGGAUGUGAUCCCCCUUCUUUCAUGUCCUUCACUGAUUGUUUACAUAGUUCAAUGGAUUACAAUUCACUAGCAAGAGCUUUCGACUUUUCGUGUUCUUCGCCGGAUGUUUUUGGCUCAGAUAAUACUACUGCUCUGAAGUUGGGUGGUCAGGGUGAUUCAGUUGGGACUGGUGACAUUUCAGCCACCGCAAACUCAUCGGUAUCUUCGUCUUCGAGUGAGGCAGCAGCUGAAGAAGACUCAGGGAAGAGCAAGAAAGAUCAACAGCUCAAAGGAUGUGAAGAAGGGGAAGGAUCAGAAAAGUCUAAGAAAGUAAGCAAUCCCAAAAAGAAAGGAGAGAAGCGGCAAAGAGAACCCCGAUUUGCUUUCAUGACGAAAAGCGAGGUUGAUCAUCUUGAAGAUGGAUACAGAUGGAGAAAAUAUGGACAGAAAGCAGUAAAAAAUAGUCCUUACCCAAGGAGCUAUUAUCGGUGCACCAGCCAGAAGUGCACGGUGAAGAAACGCGUCGAGAGAUCAUUUCAAGAUCCAUCAAUUGUGAUUACAACAUAUGAAGGCCAACACAUACAUCCAAGCCCAGCAACACUUAGAGGGAAUGCAGCUGCAGGAUUAUUUGUACCUUCUAUGUUAACAGCACAACCAACCAAACCUAUCUUUCCCCAAGAACAUCUGAUUCAUCAAAUGCCUACCACAAACAACCAAGAUGAAACAAGCUCCAUCUACCCACAAAACCUAACUACUACUAUUAGGCAGCUUCAGCUUCCUGACUAUGGCCUUCUGCAAGACAUAGUUCCCUCCUCUUUCAUCCAAAAACAAGAACAACCAUGAAGCUCUCUAC